AUGACACGCACUCACCAUCAUCGUUCUCAAUCUCCAGUCUCUGGUAUGCUCAAUAAGCUGCAUGGUCAGCCAGACAGCUAUGAUAAGAAAGCCAAAUAUAAAUUCGGUCGAACACUCGGUGCUGGUACCUAUGGAAUCGUCAGAGAGGCAGAUGGCCCUACAGGAAAGGUCGCAGUGAAGAUUAUUCUCAAGAAGAAUGUCAAGGGAAAUGAACAAAUGGUUUAUGAUGAGCUCCAAAUGUUGCAAAGAAUGAAGCAUAAGCAUAUCGUCAAGUUUGUGGAUUGGUUCGAAUCUCGAGACAAAUACUAUAUCGUUACACAACUGGCUAUUGGUGGAGAGUUGUUUGAUCGAAUUUGUGAGCAAGGAAGGUUUACGGAAAAAGAUGCUUCACAAACUAUUCGACAAGUCCUCGAGGCUGUGGACUACCUUCACGACAACAAUGUCGUUCACAGAGGCAGGAAUCUCAAACCCGAGAACUUACUCUACCUCACUCAAGAUCCUCAUUCCGACCUCGUACUCGCAGAUUUCGGUAUCGCUAAGAUGCUCGAUUCAAAAGAUGAAGUCCUUACAACAAUGGCUGGAUCAUUUGGUUACGCUGCUCCCGAAGUGAUGUUAAAGAAGGGUCACGGAAAACCUGUAGAUAUGUGGUCCAUGGGUGUAAUUACCUACACACUUCUCUGUGGUUACUCUCCUUUUCGAAGCGAGAAUCUUCAAGAUCUUAUCGAUGAGUGCAGCAAUGCAAAAGUCAUUUUCCAUGAAAGAUAUUGGAAGGAUGUCAGUGCUGAUGCUAAGAAUUUCAUUGGUCAUCUCUUGCAACCAGUUGCAGAAGAUAGAUCCACAAGCAAGGAAGCACUCGUACACCCAUGGCUAAGCGGAGAGAACGCCACGGAUCACAAUUUGCUUCCAGAAAUCAAGGCCUACAUGGCCAAAGCACGUCUCCGUCGUGGUAUCGAAAUGGUCAAACUCGCCAAUCGUAUAGAAAUGCUCAAGAUGCAAGAAGACGACAACGAAGAAUCCGAUCUCCCCGGAAAUGCCACCGCUGCAGCUAGCGAUGCUAUCUCUGGUGGUAUAGAAAGAAAAAAUACUAGCUCAUCUUCGGCUUCGGGAUCUACAUCCCCUGGAGAGAAGAGGACUUUGAGCAAGAUAGCUAAGGGAGCAAUUUUCCGGGAAGUCGUAUUGGCGAAGGUCAGAGAGGUUAAAGCGGAAGAGGCAGCGGCACAAAUUGAGAGACAGGCGACAGAAGCUGCGGCGAAGAAGAACAAUUCUCGUUAA